GAGGCCGGCGCAGUGCAUCUUGGGUUGGCGUAGCCAUGGCGGCUCGUGUCCUUUCCGUCUGUGUCCGCCGCUUGCCCUCGGCCUUCGCGCAAUUGCCCAGGGUUCCCACGCUGGCCCUGGCCCGGCCGCUCAGCACCGCUUUGUGCCUCACGGGAACCCGGACGAAUCCUGGGGCUGCACAGCCGGCCUCAGUGCUCGCGCAGGUACCAGGGAGGGUUACACAUUUGUACCGCCAGUAUAGUGAUGCACCUCCUCUGACGUUAGAGGGGAUCAAGGACCGAGUUCUUUAUGUCUUGAAACUCUAUGACAAGAUUGAUCCUGAAAAGCUCUCGGUCAAUUCCCAUUUCAUGAAAGACCUGGGCUUAGACAGUUUGGACCAAGUGGAGAUUAUUAUGGCCAUGGAAGACGAGUUUGGGUUUGAAAUUCCUGAUAUAGAUGCAGAAAAGUUAAUGUGUCCACAAGAAAUUGUAGAUUACAUUGCAGAUAAGAAGGAUGUAUAUGAAUAAAGUUACCAGAGCCCCUUCGUUGCUGAGAGGACUCAGGUAACACUGGCGAGUACCUGGAAGCGAGAACACGUUGAUGUCAACUCUGUUGGACUUGUAUUUAAAUUGUCUAAAUGUUUUGCCCUUUAAAAAUAAAUCUAUUACAAAACCAA